AUGUUGAAAGAAACAUUACAGCAGCAUGCUCCACAAAAACGACGAAUUAUAACUCUUCGUCCUUUAUCGCCAUGGUACAAUGAGGAGAUUGGUCAAGAAAAAAGAAAUCGCAGGAAACUGGAGCUCCGCUCGCGCGCAUCUGGACUAUGUAUUGACGGACAGUUAUAUGUUAAACAAUGUGAGACAGUGAAUGCCAUGAUAAAGAAUGCUAAGACAACAUACUACUCAUUGGUUAUUUCCAAUAAUGCACAUAAUCAGAAAGUGUACAUGUUAUUUAGUACAGUUAAUAAAUUACUCCAUCGAAAGCCAACUGCGUCAUGA